CCCUACAGAUUUGAGUGCACUCACACCGGGCCACUUUCUAAAAGGGUCCCCGAUGUUAGCAUUUCCCGAACCGAUAUCUCCAAAUAUUUCUAUGAUAAAUCGAUGGACGAAACUGAAAGCCAUCCACCAUCAGUUCGCGGUACGCUGGAGAGAAGAUUACUUGAAAUCACUUCAGAAACGAUACAAGUGGAAAAACCCGCAAUCUGACGUGAAAAAGGGAGAUCUAGUCGUCGUUAUUGAUGAUUUGCUUCCACCCAGUGAGUGGAAGCUCGGAAGAAUCGAGGAUUCCCAGGCCGGAUCAGAUGGUAAAAUCAUCUAGUAAAAAUCAAUCCCCAAACUCCGAGAUAUAUCGUUGUAUGUUGUGUAAGAGAUUCCACAGCAUAAGUGUAUGUCCAAAAUUUUUUAAGAUGCAACCUGUUGAGAGAUGCCGGACAGUGCGUCAAUUCAAAUACUGUGUGAACUGUCUAGCGAAAAGCCACACAGCCGCCCAAUGUAAAUCAAAAAAUAAAUGUCGCAAAUGUCGUAAUUGCCAUCACACCAUGUUGCACCCAAACAAACCGAUGAUUUACACUGGAACCUCAGUUACGAACACCAAAAGACAACAAAAGAACCAUCCAAAGCAAAGAAAAAGUCAGCAUACUCAACAACAGCAACCAAGGCAUCAUAAGCAACAGAAGAGCAAGCGAAUUGGUCAAAAGGCUAAAAGGAACACAUCCAUUCAACCAUUUAUAAACCAAACCAUAAUUUCAGACGCCAUUCGAUCAUUAGCAACUGUACUUUGUGCCACCCACCAGAACGAUCAUUUCUAA